AUGGAUCUGAGGUUAGAUUAUUCAAAUAUCGAGCUAAAACCAUUUUAUGCUAGUAGUGGUGCAGUUGCAUCUAUAUCCGAAGACGGUUCAUUGCUCGCUACUGCAGUGGUCGAUGAGAUUAAUAUAGUGCAAUUGGCUUCACCAUGCAAUAUAGCUCAUAAGAUUGAGAAUGAUGAUGAGCAAGAGAUUACAGCAUUAAAGCUUACCCCAAAUGGCGAAUACCUGGGCUACGUUUCGCAGGCGCAAUUACUUAGAAUUUAUCACCUUGCCUCGAAAAAGAUUGUGAGGUCGAUGAAGGUCUCGUCACCGAUUUAUGUCGUGGACUGCGACGAAACUUCAACUCUUCUAGCAUUAGGUGGUACUGAUGGUAGUGUGAGUGUGAUAGAUAUUGAAAAUGGAUACGUUACGCAUUCAUUUAAAGGACACGGUGCCACGAUUUCGAGUUUAAAGUUCCAUGGCGAAUUAAACAGCGACAAGUGGAGAUUAGGAUCUGGGGAUACUACCGGUAUGGUCAAAAUUUGGGAUCUGGUGAAAAGAAAGUGUUUGCAUACUAUCCAAGAGCACACUGCGGCCGUUAGAGGUUUGGAUUUUCGUGAAUACAAAGACAACAUUCAACUUUUGUCGGGAGGAAGGGACGAUAUAGUAAACCUUUAUCAAUUAAAUACCAGCAAAAAAGUGAAAUUACUGAAGACUUUGCCAGCUCAUCAGCAAAUUGAAUCGUGUGGGUUUGUCAGAGGUGGGAAUCAUAAUGAUCUAAUUUAUACAGCCGGAGGGGACGCGGUGUACCAAAUUUUAAAUAUCGAGAACGGAGCUAUCAUUAAACGAACAGCGAAGCCUGUCGAAGAGCUUUUCAUAAUAGGUGUACUCCCUUUUUUGAACUCGAGUAAAAUGUUCCUUGUUCUGUCAGAUCAAACACUAUUUUUGAUCGACAUUCAAGAGACACUUGCUAGUGAAAGUGAAAUUAUUGACAUAAAGCUGAAAAUCGCUGGAAAUCACGGCACAAUUGCUGACAUGAGAUUUGUUGGGCCUGCUUUAACCAAACUAGCCCUUGCUACUAACUCCCCUGCAUUGCGGGUGAUUCCUACAUGUGAUUUUGCUGCAAAGGAUCAAAAAACAUCGGAAGAGCCACAGAAUGAAAUUUGCGUUGAAGUUGAGUUGUAUGAAGGACAUUCGGACUUGUUGAAUUCUUUAGAUGCCACUGCAGAUGGUCUAUGGGUUGCAACGGCUUCCAAAGAUCACACUGCCAUCCUUUGGAAUUUUAACGUCGAGUCAAAAACAUUCGAGCCCUACGCAAAAUUUAUUGGACAUGCAGGAUCGGUUACUGCUGUAGGUCUUCCAAAUGUGAUGCAUCGCGAAUGGCCGGAAUACUUAAUUACUGCCUCCAAUGAUCUGACAAUUAAGAAGUGGGCUGUUCCAAAACCGACAGAUGUUGGAGGAAUUCAUAUUGUGAAAGCCUCUGAUUAUACACGUAGAGCACAUGAAAAAGACAUAAAUGCACUUUCUAUAUCUCCAAAUGAAUCAGUUUUUGCUACCGCGUCCUAUGAUAAAACAUGCAAAAUUUGGAACUUGGAUACCGGUGAAUUGGAAGGAGUACUAGCAAAUCAUAAACGGGGGCUAUGGGAUGUAUCGUUCUGCCAGUAUGAUAAACUGCUCGCUACGUGUUCUGGUGACAAAACAAUUAAGAUAUGGUCCUUGGAUAACUUCUCUGUGGUCAAGACCCUUGAAGGUCAUACAAAUGCCGUUCAGAGGUGUUCCUUCCUAAACAAAAAUAAACAGAUUGUAAGUUCGGGGGCAGAUGGCUUGAUAAAGUUAUGGGAUUGUUCUACGGGUGAAUGUGUAGGAACAUUAGAUGCUCAUUCCAAUAGAAUCUGGGCUUUAGGUGUCUUAAAUGACGGUGACCAAUUAGUCUCAGCAGAUGCAGAUGGUGUAUUCCAAUUUUGGAAGGAUUGCAGUGAGGAAAAGGAAUUACUUAAUCUAGAAAAAGAGAAAGCCAAGAUCGAGAAUGAGCAAGCGCUGAAAAACUACUUAUCUCAAGGCGAUUGGACUAAUGCGUUUUUAUUGGCGAUGACCUUAGAUCAUCCAAUGAGGUUAUACAAUGUUUUGAAACAAUGUGCAUCGAAUUCGUCUCCAGAUCAUAUCUUCAAUGAAGAGAUGGACGCUGUCAUUGGAACUUUAGACAACGAUCAAGUUUUAUUGCUAUUGAAAAGGUGUAGAGACUGGAAUACUAAUGCAUCAACACACGCAGUGGCCCAAAAAACGAUCAGAUGUGUUUUGGUUCGUCAUAACAUUGCUGAACUGACUGAAAUUCCUGGUAUGAUGCAAAUUGUCGAUGCACUUGUCCCAUACACACAAAGACACUACUCUAGAAUUGAUAAUCUUGUAGAGCAGAGUUAUAUUUUAGAUUAUUCAUUGGCAGAAAUGGAUAAUCUACUGUAA